AUGGCGAGGCAGCAGCCGUGGUGGGGUCUCGGGGGGCCGACGACUCCGCUACUGCUGCUCCUUCUCUUCCUCUCUUUGUUCCCUCUUAGCCGGGAGGAGCUGGGGGGCGGCGGGGGCCAAGGUUGGGACCCGGGGGCAGCUGCUGCUACGGGUCCAGGGGCUCGGAUCGGUGGCGGAGCCUUAGCUCUUUGUCCCGAGCCGCCCGGGGUCCGAGAGGAUGGAGAGCCUGGCCUGGGAGUCAGGAAACCUGUCUUCCUGGGGCUCCGAGGGGGAAGGCAAAGCGACCAAAGCGGUCGAGGGCCCCUUGAGCAGCCGGAGCUGGGAGCGGAAUAUGAGGUCAAGACUUUUGGCAGCCGCGGGCGGGAGACAGGACAAGGACCAGGUUCUCUGUUAUGCUGGCGUCCAGAGGUCUCUUCUUGCGGGCGGACAGGGCCCUUGCGAAGAGAUAGUCUGUCGCCAGAGGGUCUGUCCCCAGGGGUCCCAGGCCCAGAGAACAGCUCUCCCUUCCCUUCGGACCUUCUGAUUCGGCCCCGUGGUUCCCAGCCGGUGUCCUCCCAGAGGAAUACCGGGAGAGGCGCCCCCAAAAAAGUGGGAACCACGCGCUUCUGCGGGGAAUUGUGGGCGCCAGGGCGCCGGGGUCAGAGCGAGAGAACCGCGACAUCUCGAGCGAGGAGGACAGGCCCCGGGCGGGACCGCCCUCCCGAGGCCGUGGGAACUGGCCCCGGACUGGAUUCAGCACCUCGCAAGGCGAGGACAGCUCCCGCGUCUGGUUCAGCACUGAGAGAGUCUCGGACAGCUCCCGAGCCAACGCCCGAGCGCAUGCGCUCCCGAGUUCUCUUCCGCCGCCGCUUCCUCCCGCAGCGCCCAGGGCCGCGCCCCCCUGGGGGCCCGGCCUGGCCCGGAGCCUGGAGAAUACCCACAGCGGGCCGGGUCCGCCCCCGUCGCGCCGCGAACCGCCACCCACAGUUUCCGCAGUAUAACUACCAGGCACUAGUGCCCGAGAAUGAGGCGGCGGGUACCGCAGUGCUGCGCGUAGUGGCGCAGGACCCGGACACUGGCGAGGCCGGACGCCUAGUCUACUCGCUGGCUGCGCUCAUGAACAGCCGCUCGCUGGAGCUGUUCAGCAUCGAUCCGCAGAGCGGCCUUAUUCGCACAGAGGCCGUUCUGGACCGCGAGAGCAUGGAUCGCCACUACCUGCGCGUGACGGCGCAGGAUCACGGCUCGCCGCGCCUCUCGGCCACCACCAUGGUGGCCGUUACAGUGGCCGACCGCAAUGACCACGCGCCGGUAUUUGAACAGGCGCAAUACCGGGAGACACUUCGCGAGAACGUGGAGGAGGGCUACCCCAUCCUGCAGUUGCGUGCCACAGACGGUGACGCGCCCCCCAACGCCAACCUGCGUUACCGCUUUGUGGGGCCGCCAGCGGCGCGCGCCGCCGCCACCUUCGAAAUUGAUCCGCGCUCUGGGCUCAUCAGCACCAGCGGUCGCGUGGACCGCGAGCACAUGGAAAGUUACGAGCUGGUGGUGGAGGCCAGUGACCAGGGACAGGAGCCCGGGCCGCGCUCUGCCACUGUGCGUGUGCACAUAACCGUGUUGGACGAGAACGACAACGCGCCCCAGUUUAGCGAGAAACGCUACGUGGCGCAGGUGCGCGAGGAUGUGCGCCCCCAUACGGUGGUGCUACGCGUCACGGCUACGGACCAGGACAAGGACGCCAACGGACUGGUGCACUACAACAUCAUCAGUGGCAACAGCCGCGGCCACUUUGCCAUCGACAGCCUCACGGGCGAGAUCCAGGUGGUGGCACCUCUGGACUUCGAGGCAGAGCGAGAGUAUGCCUUGCGCAUCCGGGCUCAGGAUGCAGGCCGCCCACCGCUGUCCAACAACACCGGCCUGGCCAGCAUCCAGGUGGUGGACAUCAAUGACCAUACUCCUAUCUUUGUCAGCACGCCCUUCCAGGUCUCUGUCCUGGAAAAUGCGCCCCUGGGCCACUCAGUCAUCCACAUUCAGGCAGUGGAUGCAGACCAUGGGGAGAAUGCCAGAUUGGAGUAUUCCCUAACUGGUGUGGCACCUGAUACACCCUUUGUGAUAAACAGUGCCACUGGCUGGGUCUCUGUGAGUGGUCCCCUGGACCGUGAGUCUGUGGAGCAUUACUUCUUUGGAGUGGAGGCCCGAGACCAUGGCUCACCCCCACUCUCAGCCUCAGCCAGCGUCACAGUGACUGUGCUGGAUGUUAAUGACAAUCGCCCUGAGUUCACGAUGAAGGAGUACCACCUACGACUGAAUGAGGACGCAACUGUGGGCACCAGUGUGGUCAGCGUGACUGCUGUAGAUCGUGAUGCCAACAGUGCCAUCACCUACCAGAUCACAGGAGGCAAUACUCGGAAUCGCUUUGCCAUCAGUACCCAGGGGGGUGUAGGUCUGGUGACACUGGCUCUGCCACUGGACUACAAGCAGGAACGCUACUUCAAGUUGGUGCUAACUGCAUCUGACCGUGCCCUUCAUGAUCACUGCUACGUACACAUCAACAUCACAGAUGCCAACACUCACCGGCCUGUCUUUCAAAGUGCCCACUACUCAGUGAGUGUGAAUGAGGAUCGGCCAGUGGGUAGCACCGUGGUGGUCAUCAGUGCCUCUGACGAUGAUGUGGGUGAGAAUGCUCGUAUCACUUAUCUCCUGGAAGACAACCUGCCCCAGUUCCGCAUUGAUGCAGACUCAGGGGCCAUUACACUGCAGGCCCCACUGGACUAUGAGGACCAGGUGACCUACACACUGGCUAUUACAGCUCGGGACAAUGGCAUCCCACAGAAGGCAGACACUACUUACGUGGAGGUGAUGGUCAAUGAUGUGAAUGAUAAUGCUCCGCAGUUUGUGGCCUCCCACUACACAGGGUUGGUCUCUGAGGAUGCCCCGCCUUUCACCAGUGUCCUGCAGAUCUCAGCCACUGACCGGGAUGCUCAUGCCAAUGGCCGGGUCCAGUACACGUUCCAGAAUGGGGAAGAUGGGGACGGAGAUUUUACCAUUGAGCCCACCUCUGGCAUUGUCCGUACAGUGAGGCGGCUGGAUCGGGAGGCGGUGCCGGUGUAUGAACUGACUGCCUAUGCCGUGGACCGAGGUGUGCCCCCACUCCGGACUCCAGUCAGCAUCCAGGUAACAGUGCAGGAUGUUAAUGACAAUGCACCGGUCUUCCCAGCUGAGGAGUUUGAGGUUCGAGUGAAGGAGAACAGCAUUGUGGGCUCAGUGGUGGCCCAGAUCACUGCAGUGGACCCUGAUGAAGGCCCCAAUGCUCAUAUAAUGUACCAGAUUGUUGAGGGGAACAUCCCUGAGCUGUUCCAAAUGGACAUCUUCUCUGGAGAGCUGACAGCACUCAUUGACCUGGACUAUGAAGCUCGCCAGGAAUAUGUGAUUGUUGUGCAGGCCACAUCAGCCCCUCUGGUGAGUCGGGCCACUGUGCACGUCCGCCUCGUUGACCAGAAUGACAACAGCCCUGUGCUCAACAACUUCCAGAUCCUCUUCAACAACUACGUAUCAAACCGCUCAGACACCUUCCCCUCAGGCAUCAUUGGGCGCAUCCCUGCCUAUGAUCCUGAUGUCUCUGACCACCUCUUCUACUCCUUUGAGCGGGGCAAUGAGCUGCAGCUGCUGGUGGUCAACCAAACCAGUGGGGAGCUUCGACUCAGCCGCAAGCUAGACAACAACCGCCCACUGGUGGCCUCCAUGUUGGUGACUGUCACAGAUGGGCUACAUAGUGUGACGGCGCAGUGUGUGCUGCGCGUGGUCAUCAUCACGGAGGAGUUGCUGGCCAACAGCCUGACCGUGCGCCUUGAGAACAUGUGGCAGGAACGCUUCCUUUCGCCGCUGCUGGGCCACUUCCUGGAAGGCGUGGCCGCAGUACUUGCCACACCCGCUGAGGACGUCUUCAUCUUCAAUAUCCAGAAUGACACAGACGUGGGGGGCACCGUGCUCAACGUGAGCUUCUCGGCGCUGGCUCCACGCGGGGCCGGGUCUGGCUCUGCAGGUCCCUGGUUCAGCUCCGAGGAGCUGCAGGAGCAGCUGUACGUGCGCCGCGCCGCACUUGCGGCCCGCUCGCUCCUGGACGUGUUGCCCUUCGACGACAACGUGUGCCUGCGCGAGCCCUGUGAGAACUACAUGAAGUGUGUGUCUGUGCUGCGCUUUGACUCCUCUGCGCCAUUCCUGGCCUCCGCCUCCACGCUCUUCAGACCCAUCCAGCCCAUCGCAGGCCUGCGCUGCCGCUGCCCGCCCGGCUUCACGGGAGACUUCUGCGAGACGGAGCUCGACCUCUGCUACUCCAACCCGUGCCGCAAUGGCGGCGCGUGCGCGCGGCGUGAGGGCGGCUACACCUGCGUAUGCCGCCCACGCUUCACAGGCGAAGACUGCGAGCUAGACACGGAGGCUGGACGCUGCGUGCCCGGCGUCUGCCGCAACGGGGGCACCUGCGCCAACGGGCCCGACGGCGGCUUUCGCUGCCAGUGCCCGGCGGGCGGCGCCUUCGAGGGUCCACGCUGCGAAGUGGCGGCGCGCUCCUUCCCGCCCAGUUCUUUCGUCAUGUUCCGCGGCCUGCGGCAGCGCUUCCACCUCACGCUGUCCCUCUCGUUCGCCACGGUGCAGCCCAGUGGCCUUCUCUUCUACAACGGGCGCCUGAACGAGAAGCAUGACUUCCUGGCCUUGGAGCUCGUGGCUGGGCAAGUGAGGCUCACAUAUUCCACCGGUGAGUCCAACACAGUGGUCAGCCCCACAGUUCCAGGGGGCCUGAGUGACGGGCAGUGGCACACAGUGCAUCUGAGAUACUACAACAAGCCCCGGACAGAUGCCCUGGGGGGUGCUCAGGGCCCCUCCAAGGACAAGGUGGCUGUGCUGAGCGUGGAUGACUGCGAUGUGGCUGUGGCUCUGCAGUUUGGUGCUGAGAUUGGCAACUACUCAUGCGCGGCUGCUGGCACGCAAACAAGCUCCAAGAAGUCCCUGGACCUGACAGGCCCUCUGCUCCUGGGGGGUGUCCCCAACCUUCCCGAGAACUUCCCCGUGUCCCACAAGGACUUUGUUGGCUGCAUGCGGGACCUGCAUAUUGAUGGCCGCCAAGUGGACAUGGCAUCCUUUGUCGCAAACAAUGGCACCAUGGCAGGCUGCCAGGCCAAGCUGCACUUUUGUGAUUCAGGCCCCUGCAAGAACAGUGGCUUCUGCUCAGAGCGCUGGGGUGGCUUCAGCUGCGACUGCCCUGUGGGCUUUGGAGGCAAAGACUGUCGGCUUACUAUGGCCCAUCCCCACCAUUUUCGUGGCAACGGCACACUGAGCUGGGACUUUGGAAAUGACAUGGCUGUGUCUGUGCCAUGGUACCUGGGGCUGGCAUUUCGAACACGGGCGAAGCAGGGGGUCCUGAUGCAAGUCCAGGCUGGGCCACAUAGCAUACUCCUCUGUCAGCUGGAUCGGGGGUUGCUGUCUGUGACAGUGACCAGGGGCUCGGGCCGUGCUGCCCACCUCCUCCUGGACCAGGUGACUGUCAGUGAUGGCCGAUGGCACGAUCUGCGGCUGGAAUUGCAGGAGGAGCCAGGUGGCCGACGGGGCCACCAUGUCCUCAUGGUCUCAUUGGACUUUAGCCUCUUCCAGGACACCUUGGCGGUGGGGAGUGAGCUGCAGGGCCUGAAGGUAAAGCGACUCCAUGUGGGAGGCCUGCCCCCUAGCAGUGAAGAGGAGGCUCCUCGGGGUCUGGUUGGCUGUAUCCAGGGAGUAUGGCUUGGUUCUACACCUUCGGGGUCCCCGGCCCUGCCUCCCCCGAGCCACCGAGAGAACGUGGAACCUGGCUGUGUCGUGACCAAUGCCUGUGCAUCUGGGCCUUGCCCACCCCAUGCUGACUGUCGAGACCUCUGGCAGACCUUUUCCUGUACCUGCCGGCCAGGUUACUAUGGCCCGGGCUGUGUGGACGCCUGCCUCCUGAAUCCCUGUCAGAACCAGGGGUCAUGCCGGCACCUCCCAGGGGCCCCCCACGGCUAUACCUGCGACUGUGUAGGUGGCUAUUUCGGGCACCACUGUGAGCACAGGAUGGACCAGCAGUGCCCACGGGGCUGGUGGGGGAGCCCAACGUGUGGCCCCUGCAACUGCGACGUUCACAAGGGCUUUGACCCCAACUGCAACAAGACAAAUGGGCAGUGUCACUGCAAGGAGUUCCAUUACCGACCGCGGGGCAGUGACUCGUGCCUCCCAUGUGACUGCUACCCCGUGGGCUCCACCUCGCGUUCAUGUGCCCCCCACAGUGGGCAGUGCCCUUGUCGCCCAGGAGCCCUUGGUCGCCAGUGCAACAGCUGUGACAGUCCUUUUGCAGAGGUGACAGCCAGCGGCUGCCGGGUGCUCUAUGAUGCCUGCCCCAAGUCCCUGAGAUCUGGUGUGUGGUGGCCCCAGACCAAGUUUGGUGUCUUGGCCUCAGUUCCCUGUCCUCGGGGGGCUCUGGGUGCUGCCGUGCGGCUAUGCGAUGAGGACCAGGGUUGGCUGGAGCCUGACCUCUUCAACUGUACUUCCCCUGCCUUUCGAGAACUCAGCCUGCUGCUGGAUGGACUAGAGCUGAACAAGACAGUCCUGGAUACUGUGGAGGCCAAGAGGCUGGCUCAGAGGCUGCGGGAGGUGACCGGCCACACUGACCACUACUUCAGCCAAGAUGUCCGAGUCACUGCCCGCCUGCUGGCUCAUCUGUUGGCCUUUGAGAGCCACCAGCAAGGCUUCGGGCUGACAGCCACACAGGACGCCCACUUCAAUGAGAAUCUGCUGUGGGCCGGCUCUGCACUGCUUGCUCCAGAGACUGGGGACUUGUGGGCAGCACUGGGGCAGCGGGCUCCCGGGGGUUCCCCAGGCAGCGCUGGGCUGGUGCAGCAUCUGGAGGAGUACGCGGCCACGCUCGCAAGGAACAUGGAGCUCACGUACCUGAAUCCCGUGGGGCUGGUGACACCCAACAUCAUGCUCAGCAUUGACCUCAUGGAGCACCCCAGUCCCACCCGGGGGACCCGUCGCUACCCUCGUUACCACAGCAACCUUUUCCGGGGCCAGGAUGCCUGGGAUCCUCACACGCAUGUGCUGCUGCCUUCCCAGGCCCCGCGGCCGUCCCCACCUGAAGUUCUGUCCACCAGCGGCAGCAGCAUGGAAAACUCCACCACUUCAAGUGUGGCCCCCGCACCGGCCCCCCCGGAGCCUGAGCCUGAGCCUGGGAUCUCCAUUGUCAUCCUCCUGGUUUACCGCACCUUAGGGGGGCUGCUCCCUGCCCAGUUCCAGGCCGAGCGCCGGGGUGCCAGGCUUCCCCAGAACCCUGUUAUGAACUCCCCGGUGGUCAGUGUGGCUGUGUUCCAUGGACGCAACUUCCUAAGGGGUAUCCUAGAGUCCCCGAUCAGCCUGGAGUUCCGCCUGCUACAGACAGCGAAUCGCAGCAAGGCCAUCUGUGUGCAGUGGGACCCGCCUGGCCCGGCGGAUCAGCAUGGCACGUGGACAGCACGGGACUGUGAGCUGGUGCACAGGAACCGGUCCCACGCACGGUGUCGCUGCAGCCGGACGGGCACCUUCGGGGUCCUCAUGGAUGCUUCUCCCCGUGAGCGGCUGGAGGGCGACCUGCAGCUGCUGGCUGUGUUCACCCACGUGGCCACAGCAGUGUCUGUGGCUGCGCUGCUGCUGACCGCGGCUGUCUUGCUGAGCCUGCGCAGCCUCAAGUCCAACAUGCGUGGGAUCCAUGCCAACGUGGCUGCCGCCCUGGGGGUGGCAGAGCUCCUCUUCCUGCUGGGGAUCCACAGGACCCAAAACCAGCUGCUGUGCACCGCAGUUGCCAUCCUCCUGCACUACUUCUUCCUCAGCACCUUUGCGUGGCUCCUCGUGCAGGGGCUGCACCUCUACCGUAUGCAGGUCGAGCCACGCAACGUGGACCGCGGCGCCAUGCGCUUCUACCACGCCCUGGGCUGGGGCGUCCCUGCUGUGCUGCUGGGCCUGGCUGUUGGCCUGGAUCCUGAGGGCUACGGGAACCCUGACUUCUGCUGGAUCUCAAUCCAUGAGCCCCUCAUCUGGAGCUUCGCGGGUCCCAUCAUCCUUGUCAUCAUGAUGAAUGGGACCAUGUUUCUCCUCGCUGCCCGUACAUCGUGCUCCACUGGACAGAGGGAGGCCAAGACGACCUCUGCACUGACGCUUCGCAGCUCCUUUCUGCUCCUUCUACUGGUCAGUGCCUCCUGGCUCUUUGGCCUCCUGGCGGUCAACCACAGCAUCCUGGCCUUCCACUACCUCCAUGCUGGACUCUGUGGGCUUCAGGGCCUGGCGGUGCUGCUGCUCUUCUGUGUCCUGAAUGCAGAUGCUCGGGCUGCCUGGACACCAGCCUGUCUGGGCAGGAAGGCAGUGCCCGAGGAGGCCAGGCCAGCGCCUGGGACGGGGCCCGGCGCCUACAACAACACCGCCCUCUUCGAGGAGAGCGGCCUCAUCCGCAUCACCCUUGGUGCCUCCACCGUCUCCUCAGUGAGCAGCGCCCGCUCCGGCCGGACCCAGGACCAGGACAGCCAGCGGGGCCGCAGCUACCUCAGGGACAAUGUCCUGGUUCGACAUGGCUCGACUGCCGACCACACUGACCACAGCCUCCAGGCUCACGCUGGCCCCACUGACCUGGAUGUGGCCAUGUUCCAUCGAGAUGCUGGUGGAGGUGCAGAUUCUGACUCUGACAGUGACCUGUCACUGGAGGAGGAGAGAAGUCUGUCCAUCCCAUCCUCAGAAAGUGAGGACAAUGGCCGGACGCGGGGGCGUUUCCAGCGUCCACUCCGCCGGGCAGCUCAGAGCGAGAGGCUCCUUACCCACCCCAAAGAUGUGGAUGGCAAUGACCUCUUGUCCUACUGGCCAGCCCUGGGGGAAUGUGAGGCUGCUCCCUGUGCUCUGCAGACCUGGGGUUCUGAAAGGCGCCUGGGACUGGACACCAGCAAGGACGCAGCCAACAACAACCAGCCAGACCUGGCCCUGACCAGUGGAGAUGAAACCUCCUUGGGCCGGGCCCAGCGCCAGAGAAAAGGCAUCCUGAAGAACCGACUACAGUACCCGCUGGUGCCACAGACCCGGGGUGCCCCUGAAUUGUCCUGGUGCCGUGCAGCCACUUUGGGCCACCGUGCUGUGCCAGCUGCCUCCUAUGGUCGCAUCUGUGCUGGAGGGGGCACUGGCAGCCUUUCGCAGCCAGCCAGCCGCUACUCCUCCCGAGAACAGCUGGACCUGCUCCUCCGGCGGCAGCUGAGCCGUGAGCGACUGGAGGAGGCCCCUGCCCCUGUUCUGCAUCCCCUGAGUCGGCCAGGUUCCCAGGAACGCCUGGAUGCCGUGCCAGGUCGCCUGGAGCCCAGGGAUCGGGGCAGCACCCUACCACGGAGGCAGCCACCCAGGGACUACCCUGGUGCCAUGGCUGGCCGCUUUGGGUCACGGGAUGCGCUGGACCUACGGGCGCCCUGCGAGUGGUUGAGCACAUUGCCCCCACCCCAUGGUGCCCAGGACCUUGACCCACAGCCCCCGCCUCUGCCUCUGUCUCCCCAGAGGCAACUCUCAAAGGACCCCCUCUUGCCAUCCUGGCCCCUGGACUCUCUGUCCAGGAGAUCGAACUCAGGGGAGCGGCUGGACGACGUGCCUAGCCGGCAUCCCUCACGAGAAGGCCUUGGGCCACCCCCACAGCUGCUCAGAGUUAGGGAAGACCCAGCCAGUGGCCCUAGCCACGGCCCCUCCACAGAGCAGUUGGACAUUCUCUCCUCCAUCCUCGCUUCCUUCAACUCCUCAGCUCUCUCCUCCUCCAUGCAGUCCUCAAGCACACCCUCAGGCCCUCACACCACUGCCACACCUUCUGCCACAGCCUCUGCACUUGGACCCUCCACGCCACGCUCUGCCACAUCCCAUAGCAUCUCGGAGCUGUCACCAGACUCAGAAGUUCCCAGAAGUGAGGGUCACUCCUGAGGGGUAGACGUGCGGAUGAGGACCAGCCGAAGGCAGUGGAAGAUCUGGGCUAACAGAAGAGACUCCAGGAAUUGGCGGCUGAUCCCAUGGCAGCCUCCUGUACCCCCCAGCUCUCCCUGUUGCUGCUGUGCUGACUUUCCAUGCUCGUCUGUGAGCAAGUGAGCAAGUGUGUAACAGGUGCGCGGAAUGAGGGAGCUGAAGGGAGGACUUUUAUACGUUUUGUACCUUUGUAACCAGAGAAAUAUGCUUAUGUUAUUUUUCAGCUUUUCCGUCUCCCAGGGUUCUGAGGCUGGGCUGGGAGGGGGAGGGGGACAAAGGGGAAGAGGUGCAGAGUUUGGCCCAUUUGGGUCCCUGGCAAAUUAUUUGUGCUCUUCUUUCUUCUUACUGGGGUGGAUUCAGACAGGAGGGGUAAAUGCCCCCCUGACCCAUUCCCUGGUUGAUCUGAAUAUUGUCAGGGCCCAAAGUGCAGAAUUAGUCUUUGCUUUUUCUUGGAUGUCCCACAGGCCAAACUUUUGGGACUGGAGGUUGGUCUUGGAAACAGGGGUCCUCUGACCUCCUCACAGGAGCUCGCUCCUGCUGCCCCUCCCCGUGGAUGCGUGUGUUUAUUAUGUGGAGUCCCUGCCACUUACUGCCUUAUGACCCAGGACUGAUGCUGUGGGACGUUGGCGGAGCAGCAGAGGUCAUGUUUACAGAUCAAGGCUUCCCUUUCUCCUGUGGGGAGGGGCUCAGGCCUCUAUUCAGACAUUCCUGCAGAGGGUGGAUGGAGGGGUCACAGCCCCUGCCCUUGCUGUGUACAAAAGUUGUCUGUGGUGCCAUUUAAUUCCCUGACACUGCCCCCUGCUAGAAUUUAUUCUGAAGGGUGGGGUAGGAGGGGGAGCAAAGGGAGCAAAAACUAGGGAAUUAAAGACUCAGAAUGUAGGUGCCACUGCCUCCCAUGUUUACAGGAGCCUCCCUGGCCCUAGGCACCCAGGCUGCAGGAAGUGACUCAGUUCCAUCCCUCCUUUAUUCCCUUGUAAAGGGAAAAAUGACUGUUAGGACUCUGUUCACAAACUCUCAUUUUUAUUAUUUUGUCUGAUGUCCAGAACUGGGGACUUUUAAAUUUUAUUACUUUGUUUACAGGUUAAGAUUUAAAACAUUUUAAAACUUUGUUUACAUUUUAAAACUUUGAAUUUUUACACUUUGUUUACAGUUGAGAGUGUUUUUUUCCCUUUGUUUACAAGUGAAAGGUAGAGAAAAUGGGAGAGGGGCUUGGAGGACCCACCUGUGAGGACCUGAACCUGGCCAUCUUGAGGGGUUUCUAACCCCUAGCCCUACCAGGCCAAAGGUCAGCCCUGAGUCCCCUGUUGAACAGAAGGCCUCAAGAGUAGGCAUCCUCUUACCACUGGGAAGAGUGACCCUGCAGGGUUGUGGAGGGUCCGUGCAGACACCCACCUUCUUCAUGCAUACUCUUGGGAGGCAGUUUCCAAGGAGAUUAAAAGUUCUACUUUACUGACUGGUGCCAAAUCCCGCCAGCCAGGACCCCAGCUCUCCUUACCCAGAGUGACUCCAGCCCUUGAAGGGUUGGGGGGCCUGCUCUGGGGAGAGGGGGUUGUCCUUGCUAUGUCCUAGGUUCUGUAGAUGCCCCUCUCUGGGGGUCCCCCUCCAGCCCAGUGGCUCCUUUUCCUGUCUGUGUAAAUUGUUCCGUGAAGCCGCGCUCU